AUGGCGAACGAGGGCAGAGACGUCAACCGAUCGGACUUUCCGGCGACCGCCACAGCGUACUCGGGACACAUUCCUUAUGCCCAGCACGUUGUUGGUGAGAAGAUCGUCUCGCAUGCCGACGAUGCUAACGACGCUGGGUGCUCGAGCGGCGUUGGCGGUGGGCGCGGCAUGCCAGCGCCGCAGCGGCAGACGCUGCGCAAGGAUGUGAGCCCGCUGCCGCCGAUGGGCAACACGUCGGUCAAGUCGUACACUGGCUUUGUUCCGACCUGCCUCCGGAUCAGCACUGCGACUGAGCGGCUGGCGGCGGCGCGUGGUGCGACACUCGACGACCUUGACGCCACUGUUGUCGGCGACCAGAUCGGGACCGCGGUCCGGAGCGUUACUGCAGCCUCCAUCCGGGCGGCGACGGUCGAAGACAACAUCGGCGAUGCACUGACUCGGCCGUACCUGGCAGCAGCGCCUGUGGCCAAUGCGAGCCAGGUGUAUGGGUUCCGCACCACCUACGGUGAGACGGUCUCGUCGGCCGGGCAGAUUGUCCGGCUCGAGGCCGGCCGUCAGGCCGAGCCGGACGCAGACCUCCGCCCUUGGACAGCGGGAGUCUCGGGCUAUGCUGGCCAUCGGCCGCAUGUGGCCCCGACCUCGGUCCAAUGGUACGGCCGCCCGUGCGCCGAGCCGAGCGCCACUGCCCCGUCGUCCGGCGCACCAGAGCCGACCCAUCGCCAGCCCGCAUCAGCCCAAUGACAAUAAAUGACUGC